AAAAAAUAAAAAUUAAAAAUAAAGCGGUAAAAAAAACUUCUUCUUUUCUAAUUGAAACCACUAUAUACCGACCAUUUUAAAAAUAGUCAAAACCUUAUUACCUAACCACACUGCGCACGCGUUUUCGUUGAAGCAUAUGGCUGCAUAUUUGCGUGCCAAUAUUCCAGUGAUCUUCUUGCGACAAUUUUACAUAGAGGAAGUUAAAAUCUCGAGCUUUUCGUGAUGGAAAUCUGGCUUAUUUUUAAUCCCAUCUCAUUGAAAACUUUCUUAGUUUCUUCGGUUUACUCUCUCACACCCGACCUGCUCUCUCCUCUCUUCACUGAUCCGUGCCAAGAUGAGCUUCGUUAACUCGCCAUCCUCCGAUGUUUCUCAUGACCUUGACAACUUUCUGAAUGUUAGUAUGCCACCAGCAAUCAAUCACAUCUAUCCAGAGGAAGAGAUCCCAAGUGAGAACUACUCACAUGAGAAUUACUUGACGCCGAGUGCAGGCAACUCUGAUCCUAAUGUGUUCCAUGCCUCGAUGAUGAACACUGCUAACAUGCUAUUGACACAACAUGGAGUGACACCAGCAACCAAUUCGAUGAAUUUUCAAGAGGGAGGGUUCUCAGUUGAAAACCUUGGGUCUCGUAUGAUGAAGAGCAUCGCUAACAGAUCAAUCCUUAAAGAUUCCAAUAAAGAGAUUGGAGACUUGAGACAACAUGGGGGAUUCACCUAUGGUGGAGACACGAACUUUCAAGAGACCUCAACAAGAGCUGGGAACCAUGAUACUUUGAGCAUCCCUAACAAGUCAGUCCUUAAAGAUUUCAAUGAAGAUAUUGGAGACUUGAGACAACAGGGGGGAUUCGCCUACAGUGGAGACACGAACUUUCAAGAGACCUCAACAAGAACUGGGAAUCAUGAUACUUUGAUCCAUGCCUCGAUGAUGAACACUGCUAACAUGCCAUUUACACGACAUGGAGUGACACCAGCAACCAAUUUGUUGAAUUUUCAAGGGGGAAGGUUCUCACUUGGAAACCUUAAGCCUCCUAUGAUGAUUCGUGCCAAGAUGAGCAUCGCUAGCACUUCAUCCCACGAAGCUAUCUCUAAAGGACAAGUGAACUACUCGGAUCAAGAGAGCGAAGGGUUGCUUAAUCGUAACCGGAUGAAUGACUCGAUGCGGAGUAUAGGCAUUAAAAGAAGCUCGGAAGCUAGAGAAAAAGGCAUAGAGGAACAAUCACUAGAGCCGAAAAAUAAAAAAUUAACCCUCGAAGAGCUUGGAGAGAGAGAUGGGAAGCAAAUAAACAAGAUAAUGACAGAUCGGCUUAACAGACAGAUAGAGCAAGACAAAAAGUCAGAUAUGGAAUUAGUGCACACCAAGAAAUGGCCACUGAAAGAGGAUGUCCAAGUCAUUAGGCAGGAGUGCAAAAAAAUAGCUAAAACCUGUGACUUAAAUUCAAAUGAGGCGAAGCAAAAAUUGCUCGGAGAAGCAAAAAAUUUGGAGAUAACACAAAAAGCACGUGAGGACUCUGGGAACCCUUCCACUAAUAUGGAUCACAUCAUGAAGAAUUUAGGUUUAUAUUUCGAGGGUCCAUUCAUUGAGGCAUUAAAGAAAGAGUUUUCUCCAAAUCUUGGUAAUGGCCGUUCUGCAAGGUCCCCACCUGUACACUCUGCUUUUAUUGCUUUGGAAAACCAAGUUUAUGACCAAGGCAACAAGCAAGUGGAGCUAGAAGAUUUCCAAGGUUUACUAGAAGAGUUGAAGAAACUUCGUUGGGGGGAAAUUCCAAGCUACCUUCAACCUAUUGCGAGCCGAAUCGUAAAGGAUGUUGCAAAAGUUGAGUUUUGUCAUACUACGGCUCUAGUUCUGUUUUGUGCUGCAGUAAAAGAAAUGGAAGAUUUUCCAACUGAGAAAUUGGACUUGGAUAUGUUGAAGAAGUGGGGGGCAACACUUAGAAAGGCCAAGGAAGUUGGUUUUCAGGCGGGAUUUGCUGAUGAUUGGUUAAAGAAGAAUUUGCUUGCCUACUUUGCUCACACACAAAUUCUUAGAGGAGGCUAAAAAAAAGAGGUUGGAAAAAUCAAAGGUGACUCAGCUCUCAUUGUUGAGAAUCAAAGGGUGUUUUGCAUUCGCAGCAAAAUACACUGAACUUAUUUGAUUUGAUGCACUUUGGGUUUCAAUAUUUACUUUUCUCUAUUUAAACUAUUUGGUUUUGGGUUAAAAAAAACAAAAAAAAACAAAAAAAAACUAUGGUUUUGCGUGUUUUGUAUGGACUUGGUGUUUUGCAAUCAUUUAUAUUAUAUGGUUUUUGAGACAUUGAUAUA